GCCUCCGAGCCUCUCGGCUGCCGGGCCCGGGCGCUCCAUAGCGUGGGGCGGUUUCCUAGCAACUCAGGGCCCUGAGCGCGCCCAACUAUCAGCACAUAGGGAUUCACCCCCCUACCCCCGACACCCGCGGGCCAGGGCAGGGCCUCACCUCUCCGCCCCCCACCAACUGGUCUCCCUCUCAUCCUCACGGGGUGCACCCCUGAGCGCGCCAACAGCCUGGGCUCUGGACGGCCGGACAUCUGAGCUGUACACUGAGGCCAAGAGUACGAGGGCACGAAGCUCCCGCCCCCCGAGGCCGGGCUUUAGCACCCCCGCAGCGGUGUGCUCCACUCCUACCCAAGCCGGGAGCUGCGAUGCCUCGCUCUGAGUCCGCCAGCGCCGAGGGGGACUAUUAGGGCGCUCCCGGAGCCGCUUCCCCUUGCUGCUGGCGCCCCAAGCUUCCUCCCGGCCAGCAAGGACGCUGCCACUUCGACUUUGUCCUCUGGUCAACGAGGCUGCAAAGCUGCAACUAAGUGGAGUUGGCCUCCCUGCCCACCUGUGGAAGAAGCUCUCGCUGAUUGAUGCGACAUAGACUUGUUUCCCCUCUGGCGUCCCCUCCCACAGAUGCAGCAUCACCCAGUGAAUGUACAUUAGGCUGGUUUUUCCCCCCAGCUUCGGGCUUUGUUUGGGUUUGAUUGUGUUUGGCUCUUCGCUAAGCUGAUUUAUGCAGCAGAAUUCCCGUCGGCUGGAGAGAAACAAAAGCUCUUUUCUUUGUCCCAGAGCUGGCUGCGGAGCCCCGCUCGCGUUGCCGCCCCGAGCCUUUGGCAGUCGGAGGAGGUGCUUCUCGCGGAGAUUUCGGGGACCCACCGCGCCGACCUGGGAGGGCCGCAGGGGCCCUGAGAUGCCGAGCAGUGCCUGGGCCAGCGUACCUGCACCGCUUCUUCCGAGCCGCGGGGUCCGCCUGCCGGGCCUGCUGGAAACAUCCUAGCGACACUUGGUCCGCGGGCCCCAAGGUGCGCCUGGGAGGCGCGAGCGCGCAUCCAGAGAGCAGCCAAGCGGCGGGCGCUGUGUGGGCUGCUUUGCAUUAUGUGCUGCUCGGCCCUGGCUUUUCUUACUGCCGCAUUUGUCUGCCUUCAAAACUGCCGACCAGGUCCUACCCCAUUCCUCCGGGCGGCCUGGGUGUUUUCAGUUGUUCUUGGACUGGGCCAAAGUGAAAACAGCAGAUGUGCAUCUUCGAAUGCAGCAUCCUGCACCAAGUGCCUUGCGCUAGAUCCAGAAUGUGGAUGGUGUGCUCAAGAGGAUUUCAUUUCAGGUGGAUCAAGGAGUGAACGUUGUGAUACUGUUUCCAAUUUAAUAAGCAAAGGAUGUUUGAUUGAUUCAAUAGAAUACCCGUCUGUGAAUGUAAUACCAACUGAAAAUGAAAUUAAUACCCAGGUGACACCAGGAGAAGUAUUGGUCCAGCUGCGACCAGGAGCUGAAGCUAAUUUUAUGCUGAAAAUUCAUCCUCUGAAGAAAUAUCCUGUGGAUCUUUAUUAUCUGGUUGAUGUCUCAGCAUCAAUGCACAAUAAUAUUGAAAAACUAAAUUCCAUUGGAAAUGAUUUAUCUAGAAAAAUGGCAUUUUUCUCCCAUGACUUUCGUCUUGGAUUUGGUUCAUACGUUGAUAAAACAGUUUCACCAUACAUUAGCAUCCACCCAGAAAGGAUUCACAAUCAAUGCAGCGACUACAAUUUAGACUGUAUGCCUCCCCAUGGAUACAUCCAUGUACUAUCUUUGACAGAGAACAUCACUGAGUUUGAAAAAGCGGUACAUAGACAGAAGAUCUCUGGAAAUAUCGAUACACCUGAAGGAGGUUUUGAUGCUAUGCUUCAGGCAGCUGUCUGUGAGAGUCAUAUUGGAUGGCGAAAAGAAGCUAAAAGAUUGCUGCUGGUGAUGACUGAUCAGACAUCUCAUCUUGCUCUUGAUAGCAAAUUGGCAGGCAUAGUGGUGCCAAAUGAUGGAAACUGCCAUCUGAAAAACAACGUCUAUGUCAGAUCAACAAGCAUGGAACAUCCCUCGCUAGGCCAACUCUCAGAAAAGUUAAUAGAAAACAACAUUAAUGUCAUCUUUGCAGUUCAAGGAAAACAGUUCCAUUGGUAUAAGGACCUUCUACCCCUCUUGCCUGGUACCAUUGCUGGUGAAAUAGAAUCCAAGGCUGCAAACCUUAAUAAUUUGGUAGUAGAAGCCUAUCAGAAACUUAUUUCAGAAGUGAAAGUUCAGGUGGAAAACCAGGUAAAAGGCAUCUAUUUAAACAUCACCGCGAUCUGUCCAGAUGGGACCAGAAGGCGAGGCACAGAAGGAUGCAGAAACGUAACGAGCAAUGAUGAAGUUCUUUUCAAUGUAACAGUUACAAUGAAAAAAUGUGAUGUCACAGGAGGAAAAAGCUAUGCAAUAAUCAAACCUAUUGGUUUCAAUGAAACCACUAAAAUUCAUAUACACAGAAACUGCAGCUGUCAAUGUGAUGAAAUCAGAGGACCUAAAAGAAAGUGUGUAGAUGAAACUUUACUAGACUCCAAGUGUUUCCAGUGUGAUGAGGAUAAAUGUCAUUUUGAUGAAGAUCAAGUCCCUUCUGAGAGUUGCAAGUCACACAAGGAUCAACCUUUUUGCAGCGGUCGAGGAGUUUGUAUUUGUGGGAAAUGUUUGUGUCAUAAAACUAAGCUUGGAAAAGUAUAUGGAAAAUACUGUGAAAAGGAUGAUUUCUCUUGUCCAUAUCACCAAGGAAAUCUGUGUGCUGGGCACGGAGAAUGUGAAGCAGGCAGAUGCCAGUGCUUCAGCGGCUGGGAAGGAGAUCGGUGCCAGUGCCCAUCAACAUCAGCCCAGCACUGCGUCAAUCCAAAGGGCCAAGUGUGCAGUGGAAGAGGCACGUGUGUAUGUGGCAGGUGCGAGUGCACUGAUCCCAGAAGCUUCGGCCGCUUCUGUGAACACUGCCCCACGUGUCACACAGGCUGCAAUGAAAACUGGAAUUGUGUGCAAUGCCUGCACCCCCACAAUCUGUCUCAAGCUAUACUUGACCGGUGUAAAUCCUCAUGUGCUUUCAUGCAACAGCAUUAUGUGGACCAAACAUCAGAAUGCUUCUCUAGUCCAAGCUAUGUGAGGAUAUUUUUCAUCAUUUUCAUAGUUACAUUCUUGAUUGGGUUGCUUAAAGUCCUUAUCAUUAGACAAGUGAUAUUACAAUGGAAUAGUAAUAAAAUGAAGUCCUCAGCAGAUUACAGGGUGUCGGCCUCAAAAAAGGACAAGUCAAUUCUGCAAAGUGUUUGCACAAGAGCAGUAACCUACCGACGUGAGAAGCCUGAAGAAAUAAAAAUGGAUAUCAGCAAAUUAAAUGCUCAUGAAACUUUCAGGUGCAACUACUAAAAAGAUUUUUUAAAAAGUACUUUAUGGGAAACUGGAUUUUUAAUAAUUGCUCCUAAAAUUAUAGUUUUAGAAGUCACAGGAGGAGACAAAUUGUUCUAGAUCAUGCUAGUUGCUGGUUUUCACUGGAAUGGAGACUGACAAGCAUCCUCAUCAUCAUGUGACUCACAUCGCUGCUGACUUUUUCAGAGAAAAAAAUGUGUCUUACUACUGUUUGAGACUAGUGUCAUUGUAGCACUUUACUGUAAUAUAUAACUUAUUUAGAUCAGCAUAGAAUGUAGAUCAUCUGAAGAGCACUGAUUACACUUUACAGGUACCUGGCCAUUCCUAAGCUUCCCAGAGAGAAGCAAUGGCAUUGUGUCACUGCAAGGGUACAGUAAUCCCUGCAUGGAACAUGCAAAUGAAAAAUAAUAAGGCAUUUAUUCUAAUGUUGCCAAACACUUCAACAUUUGACAGUGAAUCUACAAGAAUAGCUAGAUGAGUAAAUGAUUAGUGUUUCACUCAAGAGGUGAACAGAUAAAACAUUAAUCUUGAGGGUUAUUGCUUUUGAAACUAGUUUUAUGCAUAUGUGUGUUUGUUUUCUUCUUUUUACAAGAUGGAUACUAAUUCCAACAUUCUCUCCUCUUUGCCUUUAUGGUUUGGUUUUCUUUCUUACAGGAUAAGUUUAUAUAAGUCACAGAUGACUGGAUUAAAUAAGUGCUAAGUUACUACUGCCAUAAAAACUUAAUAAUACAAUGUCACUUUAUUAGAAUACUGGUUUUAAAAGCUGAAUGUUUAAUAAGGGAGACUGUAAAGUAAUAUCAAAAUUUGAACAGCUUUGUUGUUUGAAGAUGUGGAGUCUUAUAUCUUCUUACCUGGUUAACUGGACAGACUAUUUCACCAUUUCAUUUGUCUAAUCAUCAGGUUAAAAUUCAGAAGAUAUUUAGAAACUCUGCCUUGUCAAGCAAAGUGCCACAAUUUUGACUGAGCUUUCUCAGAUAUUUACUCUAAGUAGAUAUUAGCAUUUUUAAAUUAAAAGUUAUAUUAGGCUAUAUAAAAUAGUAUCUCCUCAACUCCACUGACUAGAAUUUUAAAAGUAUGCAAUUGGCAGAAGAUAAACAGUAUCUAAGAAAUAAGCUAAUUCAUCAUUUUAGUUAGUCAGGGAAUCAAGUUUAAGUGAUGUCUCAAAAACCAUCCCAGUGAUUAAGUGGCAGCAUUUGAAGACAAUUUCUAUCUUACUGCCAGGCUAGUGUUCAUUGCACAAUAUCAUGCUACCUCUUGAGUCUUUAGAAUAUCCAAUUGGCAAGUGUUUUUAAAUGUGAUUUACUGAAGUCUUAAGUAUAUGAGCAUGAGAAAAUUGCAAAGCAAAGCUGAAAGAGUCAUUCAGACUGAAUUGGCCAUGACUAGUUGCAAUCUUUCCUGCCAAUCAACUUCCAAGAGUUAACUACAGGUGUGAAAUCCAUUCAUGCCUUAGCCUGUGUGAACAGCACCCCCUAAAAUUGUGCGGUGCUCACCCCGAGAUUGAUACAGAGGCUAUGAGUUUUUAUCUUCCCCAAUGGAAACUUCUUCACAAUUACCACAGCCCUACAGAUUUAUUCUCAUUUUACUGGCUAGAAGUCCAGUAGUCAGAGCUUUGCCUAUGACAACAAUGUCUUUUUAUAAUUAACAUCCCAAAUGGCACUUGAGUUAAUCAAAGUGCUAGAUAUUUGCAUUUCAAUGAAGACUAAAGUCUGCACUCCACAUUCUACCCAAAAGAGUAUUUUAAUACAUAAGUUGCUCUGGAGCUAACAAAUAGAGCAACUCCAUUAGCUGUCCCCAUAGCCAAGCAAUUAUGACUCUAAGUUGAACUGUAUUUCCUUCCCCAAAUGAGAGAUUGGGGACACUGACAUAAGUCAGUACUGUGACUCACUUGUUUAAGAUACCCUUGACCACCAAGGAUAACGUAAAAAUCACAUUUUCCAGUUUGUCUGUCACAUGUAGCAUCCUUUUUAAAAGGAAAAUAAAUUGAUACCUGACAGUCCCAAAAGGAAAAAGUGGAAAAAUUCCAUUUAUUAAAAUGCUGACAAUUUAAAAAUGAACAUUACGAUGUUCAUAAAGUAAUUUCCAUGUGGAAUGAAUUAUCCAAAAGAGCAAAAUAAAUUGAAACCCUGAAAGUCCAGAGUUUAUAUUUUUACACUCUCACUAGUUUGCACUAAUUUAUAACGAACUGAACUGAAGCUGUUACCGUAGUGUGAGACAAACUUCCUGAUAGGCCGAUCAAAGCUAGAUGAUGACUGUUAUGUGCUUUCUUUCUUUUUUUCCACUUAAUGAUCUAAUUCUUAAAGGUUUUAGAGCUUACAUUUUACUUGAAUAAUUGGUAUGUUCCUGUAUAAUGGUUUGUGAGAAGAGAAUUAAUAUUUGACUAAUUAGAAUUAAUUAAAAGGUAAGGGAAAACAGGGUAUUCUUAGAUUAAAUAAUAUUUGUAAAUAGAGCCUAUUUUCAAUAUGACCACAGGAGCCUUUUAAGAUUUACUGAUAUCAAACACAAGUAAUGACAUUUUUAAUGGUUAACAAAGUUAGGAACUUGAACACUUUUGGUACGACAGCUUUUCUGUGCCCUAAAUGACUUACAUUUAAAUUACAUGUGCCAUGUAAUGACUUAGCAAUGUGCAAGACAUAACACUACAAUAUAACUGUAUGCAUUUGAUUUCUCUGGGGACAUGUUUACACUGCAGUGUACAUGGGUUUUUAAACAUUUGAUAUCUUCUUCAAAAUUUGUUAACAUUUAGGAAGUCAUACAUAUUCUCUGCAAGACUCAGAAAUUCACUAGAAAUCUGAUUAUGUCCUAAAUGUUCAAAGCAGCUUUAGUUAAUAAAGAUUUUAAAAAUUAAAAUAAACAAAAUAUAUUUUUUGUCUUCAGGCAAAUUUUUAAAAAAUCAUUAUUAAAAUUACUGCAUGCAUCAGAUGUAAUCCUUCACUAAAGAAUAAAUUCCAAUGUAAUACAUUAAACAAUAAAGAACUUAAAUUAAAGAAAAAGAAUAAAUUCCAAAUAUGUCUUAAUAUUUCCUAAUCUCCAUUGAAGAUAUUCUUAUGGCAUCCUUGAGACACUGAAAUAUUCUUAUGAGGGACUAUGAAAAUUUUUCUCUAUAGAAUUAUUUACUCUGGGUACCUGAUAUAGCAAAUUAGAUUCAGUGGCUUUUACUUCCUUUCCUUACUCCUAUUUUUUUUCCACUCAGUUUUCUAAGGGAUUGCCCUCAAACUCAUUAAGUCCAAUUAUUAAAAAUAAUCAAAUGGAAUGGAAUAAUGUUUAUUUCCAAACACCUCUUAAUAAUUUUAAAACUCAUUAGAAUCUAUGUACCUGAAUAAAGACAGAUCCAUUGAAAAUUAAGAAUUUUAAGUUCUCACAACUGUUAGAGAUUCGGUUUUAAAGGAUUUGAGACCUUUAUUUUAAUAAAAGUUUCAAGAGAAAUAUAACUACUUGGGAGUUCAAGCAUGUGCAUAAUGUAUUCUGUUUUAUUUGCUCUAAACAUUUAAUUUAUGACUGUCUUUAUCAAUAUAUACUGACCUUAAGAACUCCAUUUCAUGCAAUGCAAAUUGAAAUAUAUCACCUUUCAAAGAAAUAUAGAAUUAGCUUUCAGGUCAUUUCCCUUCUCUUUUAUAAUUCCUCUAUGGAAAAUUUACUAUGGGUAACUGAUUAUACACAUUCAUAUUUCAUUGAUUCUGACACAUCCGCUUUUUCAGUAUAACAUCUCUGAAAUUGUGAUGUAUCUUGCAAUUGUUGGCAUGUUAAAUGCAGUGUUGAAAGUUGUGCUUGAAUAAAUAGUACACUAAUUAAUUUUUAACUACAUGUUCAUGGGUAUAGGGACAUUGCUUUCUUACAAACAUUUGAAAAUUAAUUUAUGAUGGCAUAUGAGCCAGUUUUCAGUACAACUGAAUCACAUACAACUAAGCAUGGAUCCAAACUGUCUGAUUAUGAGCUCACAUCCUGCAGACCUUUAGGUUAUUAAAGCUUUUUAACCUCCUCUUUAUGCCUGUGGCUAUGAUUUCUGCAAACCCUGGUUUAACUGAUAAGAAUGAGUGGGUUUCUCCUAGUCUUGUUAAUAAUUUUUUAUUCUUUCUAUCCUUUGUAAUGAAUACUUCUAUAUGAUCAUCUCUCUGUUAAACAAAAGUAAGUGGGAGAAUAUUACAUGUAAACAUCAUAAUUACAUUUUAUAGCAUCUUGCAUAUGUUACAGCAGUGACAGGAGAAAAAUAUGAUACAACCAAUCAGUGCUGUUGGAGAAAAAAAUAACUUUCUCUUUGAGUCCUUCUACAUUUUUAUUCUUCUUUAACAUUUCCCUUCUUUUGAGUGAUUUUUUUUCCUUUGGCUCUGAUAAAUUUACCUUCAAGCCCAUGUAAUGACUGUCAUAAAAAUGUUAUUAAAUUAUUUGAAUUAUAUGAAACAGUUGUUCAGCUAUCUGGGCAGAUGUUAAUAAAAUACCUGAGAG